AUAAUUUCUAAUGGAGGGUUCGGAACUUUUGAAGUACUAAUUGAAUUUAAUGACGAAUGAUCAAACAAGCAAUGGAUUUAAUGUAUUUUUCCACCAACAGUUCUUCAAUGCUGGGACUGCUAAUUCAAAAAAGAAUUUAGAGCACACUGAAAAAAUAAUUGAAUAAUGGAAAAAGUUAUCAGAUGAGGACAAAAUGGAAUGGUAAUAAAAAGAGGAAGAAUUAAAGAUAUAAGUAAAGAGUAAAAACAAUUAAAAAACAAGUUAAAGCUAAGGGCAACUUGAAAAUCAAAACCGCCAAAAAUCAAAAGCAAAUAACUAAGAAUAAAAUGCUAUUGAAGAUAUAUAGAAUAGCAUUCAAUCUUUGAAAUUUGAAGAUGCUAAACAAAACUAUAUCAAAAGAAUAUCUGAGAAAAAUAGCCAAAAAGAAGGUAAUGAUUCAGAAGAGGAGUAAAAUGUUGAACCUGUAACAAAACCACAAUAAUCAAAACAAAGUAAAAAAAACACUUAAAGAAAGAAAUAAAAUGAUGAUGAUGAUGAUGAUUAUGUUGAGGAAAUAAAAUAAGGAAGAAAAUCAAAUGUUAGAUAAUCAAAACCCAGAUAAAGUAGAUCAAGGUGUAAAUCAGGUUAGAGAUCAGGAUGUGGAAAAAGAAGGAUGUGA